GGUGGAAUGUCAUCGAAGAGGACAAUGGCGGGCGUUUCGGACGCUCAAUUCCCUCAGGAACCCUCCGUCGUAUACGAAGAUGUAGAAACCCUACGCUCCAUCCCCAUCUUUUCCAACUACGACCACUUCUACUCUUACGAUUCCGACGGAGAUUGCUUCUACGGCCAAGAUCAGGUCAACAUGGUUACCAAUUUGUUUGAAAAUCGAUCUGAGGACUUCCGAAAUGCGGAUGAUGAUGGAGAUUCGGGUUUGGAUCCGUUUUCGGAUGAUUUGGAUCUUAGGAUUCUGGGAGUGGGAGGUGAGGUUGAGCAAAAUCAUGGGGACGAGUUUGGGUUAGGGUUAGGGACUGGGUUUGAAUCUGAUAAGAUGGCUUGGGCAUCCGAAUCGGGUGAAUCUUCGAGUGUGCAUGGCGAGAAUGCGUCUGCGGCGGCGUAUGGGCUUCGUGUUGUUGGAAUUGGAUCCGAUUCGGAUUCGGAUUCGGAGGAUGAUGGGGUUGAAUUUAGUUCUGAAGUAAAUGAUGAUUAUGGGUUGGAUCGGGUUGAGGAUGUGGAUCCUCGGCUUUAUUGGGAUUGUCUGCCAUUGGAGGAUACUAGGACCAAUAAUGAAGAUUUUGAAUGGGAACAGGUGGAUGAGAGAGCAAGCUUGAGCUUGGCGGUUAAUGGGGUUGACGAAUUAUCGCUUUCCUCUGAAAUUUCAUCAGAGGAAGAAGAAGAAGAAGCUGGUGAUGGCAGGGACGAAGCGGCUCGGAGUCUUGAUUGGGAAGUUCUAUUGGCGAUGAACAAUUUGGAGAGGACAUUGAAUUUAGAACAUGACUUGGAUAUCGAUUCAUUCUUUACCGAUCAAGAUGAUUAUGUUAAUGCCACAGAAUAUGUAACCCUUUUUGGGCUAUUCACAGAAGAUGAUGCUGGUUUAAAGGGUAGUCCUCCUGCCGCCAAGUCAGUUGUGCAGAAUCUUCCGGUGGUUGAAUUAACGCAACAAUAUUUGGAGAAGAACAAUGUGGUUUGUGCAGUUUGUAAGGAUGAGAUUUUAUUGGAGGAAAAGGUGAAAAGACUUCCUUGCUCUCAUCAUUACCAUGGAGAUUGCAUAGUACCGUGGCUGAGCAUUCGCAAUACUUGCCCAGUUUGUCGGUAUGAGUUGCCCACAGAUGAUCCUGAGUAUGAGCACAUGAAGAGCCAAAGAACUGGCCGUGGCCUGUAGUUGGAUUCACAGGUCAGAUACAAUUUUGAGCUGUUUCACUAAUACUGUUUUUUCUCAAUGUAAGUAAGGUUUUGGAUGAAGUUCUUCUCUGUUUGAUGAUGAUAAUGAAGCUGUAUGUUUUUUAUAAGAUCAAAAAUGUUAUCUUUAUGUUUUGGAUACAAUCUUAUGUUAGCUCACUCAUCAAACUUCCUAGGCUGAGUUGUUGGCUCUGUGAUGUCAGCUCCUGUUUUAUGAUGGCUGGAAUAUAUUAUUUUGAUAA